AUGGAACUCGACUAUGAACCAUUGGAGGAGGAGGAAGAAGACUUCGGUGCUGGUAAAUCGUCACUUGUUUCACACUCGCAGACUACAGUGUUCGUAGAUCUCAACAAGCACUUCCUCCAAGGUCGCCCCGCGAACGGGGUUCAAUCUGCCUGUCGCCAGCCUCAGCGAGGUUACCCCCCACAACUGUUGGUUCCAAGCCCAACGGGACUUGCCUAUGAUGUACACGUCCCCCACCUGUCGCUCGGUAACACUCAGCAACUCUAUGACAUGGUUCUCCCUGCAGGAGACAAUCAUCGCCCAGCCGUACACAAUGUUUUCCGUGGUGGUCAUCACCUAGGAUACAGCCAGGACGAGCGCCACGACACCUAA